CAAGUAAGCCCAAAGCUGUCAGUCUAUUUGAUGAAGACGAUGAUGAUGGUGAUGGGGGAGAUUUGUUUGCAGCCAUUUCUAAACCUAAAGACAGCGACAAGAAAAAGCCACCAGGUGGCGUUUCUCUCUUUGGUGGGGUGGAUGUCUUGGGGGUUGGAAAGAAAGAAGAGAAAAAGGAAGAAAAACCAAAAGAGGAGCCAAUGCCCAAAGCAGCAGCGCAGAAACGCCCCUCUCUCUCCAUCUUUAGUAACGAUGACGACGAAGAUGGAGGGGAUCUGUUUGGUGGCGCCACCUCUGUGCCAAAGACUGAGGCUUCAAAGCCACAGGAGGUGAAAUCCAGAAGCAAGAGUAAAAUGUUGUUUGAGGAUGAGGAUAUUUUGUUUGGCGGCGGACCGACAGAAAGCCCGGACGUGGAUUUGUUUGGUGCAGCAAGCCCUGUGGGAAGUCCUACACAGACUAAGCCAAUACCAGCCAAGCAGCCCACAGAGCCAGCCAAACAGAAGGUCAGCAUAAAGGGAGCUACGGUCAGUUCAUCCACUACAGAUUUGUUUGGGAGUCCUAGGAGUGAUGACGAUCUGUUCUCUCCUAGUAAACCUAAGGCUAAGGAGCCUGAUCCUGCUCUCCCAGUAAAGGGUGCUACAGUGACAGAAUCUUCCACAGAUCUUUUUGGAAAAAGCCCAUCUCAAGAUGAUGACCUUUUUGGGGAAAAGAAACAGGAGAAAGGGGAAGAGGAACCAGUUAAGCCUAAAAAGCCAAUAGGUGGCGUGUCUAUGUUCGGAGGUUUUGAUCCCACCGCUGCCACCAAAGGACUCAAAAAGACGAGGGGUGCUUCUAAAGUGGAAGAGGAAAGAAAAGAAGCAGAAAAGGUGGAAGAAAAGAAACCAACUCCAGCCAAGAAAAUUGCUGAUCCUCUCUUUGGAGGAGAAGAUGAGGAUGAGGGUGAUCUUUUUGGAGGUGGUUCUGCCAAGGCAUCUAAGCCUGUUGAAGAAAAACCCAAAAAGCCAGCAGGUGGGGUGUCCUUGUUUGGUGCAGGAGGUGAGGAAGAUGGAGGUGAUCUCUUUGGAAAACCAGCAGCUAAGAAAGAAGAGAAGCCUCCGGAAGCUGAAGUUAGUAAGCCCAAGAAACCUGUAGGGGGAGUGUCCAUGUUUGGUGGAUUUGAUCCAUCAGCUUUCAAAAAGAAAGAAACAAAGGAGGAAGAAAAAAAUGAGGACAGUGUUGAUGCCAAACCCGAGGCUCCAAUAAGUAGUCCUCCAAAACCACAAUCAAAUAUAGGUCGCUUACAGGCUGGUUUGGCAUUUAACCCCGCUGCUUUGCUGCCUGGUGCGGCUCCCGUUGCUAAGGAGCCUGAAACAGUUGCCGUGGGCUUUGAUCAACCCAUGAGCACAACUAGUACUUUACAAAAUGCUGCGAAGGGUCGAGCCAAAGUACAGCAGAAGAGGAGACCUCCGUCAAGACAAGCCAGACAGGCAGCAGCAAGACAAGCCGAACAGGACUUUGUUGAUGGAGUAGGUGCCAUGACAACAGCACCAUCAGCAGUUUCCGUGACAACUGGCACGACAACAACAGUUAUCAGAAAAGUUCCACAAGCAAGUAGUGCACCAACCUCAAACAAACCAGUAAAGGACAUAUUUGGAAAUGAUGACCUUGUUCCUGAAGGAAAAGCGGGUCAAGGUCAGGGACUACUUCAAGGAGGUGAGGACAUUUUCGAUGCAGGAUUUGGAAACAAGCCAAAGAGUGCUGAAAAGAAAGUCACCAACUUUGACGAUGACUUAUUUGGUGCAGCAAAAAAUGUUCCAACACCUGCUGUGCCCCCCUCCUCCCAAGUGACACAAAACGACAAAGACGAUAUUUUUUCAGAACCCAAGAAAACUGCAAAAGCAUCCUCGAUUUUAGAUGAUGACUUGUUUGGGGACAGUGUAUUGAAUAAACCUCCCCCAAGCUCAAAAUCUGUUGGCAAAGCCAAGCCUUCUGGUGCUCUACUGGAUGAUGAUAUUUUCGCAGACUCCAGUUUAAAUUCCAAAAAAGAUGAAAAGAAAGAAGACAAGAAAGCGACAAAAGCUGCCAAACAGGAAGAACUCUUUGGUGACGAAGACAUGUUUGCAGCAGCGGCAGCCAGUAAAGCUGCGGCGAAGAAACAGAAAGAAAAACCCAAAACACGAGAUGAGGACAUAUUUCAGGAUGACACCGACAUUUUUGCGGACAUUCCGGCAGCCAAACCCAAAGAAAAGAAGAGCAAGAAGAAAACUGGUUCAAAAACAGAUACCAAACCAUUGUUUAAAGGAGAUGUUGAUGACAUCUUUGCUGAUACAGACCCAAAACCUAAGACCAAGAAAACGAGUAAAGGCACAAAGAAAAAGACCAGUCCAGCAGAAGCGGCAAAUAUCUUUGACGAGAACGCACCAAGUAUUUUUGACGACCCUCUAAAUGCUAUGAACUGAGUGCAGAAAUGAUUUUUUUUUCUUGAGACAUACCCUCACUUAUCCUGGGAAUAAAGUAUCUUGAUUUAUUGAAGAUUUAUUCUGUGAUAUGAAGUUGUUGGAUGAAGAAUGAUAUUAUACAUAGAAUUUUACAUACCAUCAUGGCUGGCUAUCACUUAAUAUAUAUGAGUUUUAAUCAUAUUUUGUCGGUCUUUUUCUUGUUUUGCUGAGUAUAAACUUACUACUAAGAUAGAGAGAAAUAAUUCUUUCUCAAAAGACAGAAUUGAUUUUUGAAUUGCAGAAACAAAUGAAUAAUGUUAAAACUCAGCAGUUGGAAGAUAUUAUUUCCUUUAGAAGUAUUCAUUUGUUUACCAUGACGUGAGUUAUAUGGUGUGAAGUGAAUCAGUUUUUUUUUUAACUGUAACAUACUGUCCUACAAACCUCUAGUCAAAACAUAUCAUCAAAUCACAUAGAUAAACACUAAUGAUGCAAAAUAUCAAAAAGAGCCCAAAAUUAGUUAAUCUGUAAAGCAAUGCUAACAGCCCUGUCCCACCAAUAUAUAUGCUACGU